GAGGAUUCCUCCGAACAUAACAUAGGCAACCAGGAGUUAGGGAUAGUAACAAGAAAACCUACUAACUAUCCCAACAACCCUGGUUUUCUGAAAAUUAUGCUUUUAAAUGCUCGAUCUCUCCUUAACAAAAUAACUUCCCUUCGCAGCUUGGUAUACAUGGAGCGGCCAACACUGAUUCUGGUAACUGAAACUUGGCUUACUAUUGAUAUACCUGACACAAAGCUGAUAAUCGAUAACUAUAACAUCCACAGGAAUGACAGAGCAGACAAGAGAGGAGGCGGCUGUCUAAUAUAUGCCUCUAAAUCCACUAACUCCAAUACCUUUACAAACCUAACUAUCGACAAACUCCCAGAAUCCAAGUGGAUAAGCAUCCACACGAAUGAAAAUAACAUUCUUGUGGGAUGUAUAUACAGAGCCCCUAACAGCCCUAUAACGACUGAUACGGUUAUCGGAGAAAUACUAGAGGUUGUACCUAAGCUGGAAUUCGACUACAAACUAGUUUGUGGCGAUUUCAACCUCCCUGGAGUGAACUGGGAUACCUGCACUGGACCGAGAACCUACGAGGUGAUCCUAGAAGCCAUAGAUGUGGGAGGAUGGAAGCAGUGCGUACGCCUCCCAACACGACACAACAAUAUACUCGACUUAAUCCUCUGUCACAAAAUAGAGCCGAUCUCGAUAGAGGUGAGGGAUAAACUCGACAACAGUGACCACAACAUACUGUACUGCACCCUACCCUUACAACUAACAACUAAACACACACCUAAGAGUUCCCCGGUUUACUAUCAAUAUAGGGACUAUCGAAAUGCCGACUGGGAAUUCCUACCAAUGCUCUUGAGAAGCUCAGACUGGGGUGAAUACUUCACCAAUAAUAACUUAGAAGUAAUACUAAAUACCUUCUACAAGACAAUCAGUUCGGUAAGAGACACAAUCGCACCCCUGAAAUCUGCCCUAAAGACACCAACUCUGUUCAUAGAUCGCAAAACGCGAAUAAAACUAAGGAAACUAAAAAGGAGAUUUUAUUUAUACAAAGAAUUUAAUGCAUUACACCUGAUACACGAAAUAUUUAAAAAUUUAGAUGAGAGACAUAAAAUGAAAGCACAAGUCGAGGAAAAUAAAGCCCUAGAGGGCACCUCUAAAACCCAGGAACUCUGCAAAAUCUUGCAAAAACGGAUGAAGAAGGGUGAAGAAAACAAUAUCAGUCAUUUAGAACACGAAGAUAUAAUUUAUGAUGAUCCCCAGAUCAUUAGUGAACUCCUGAGUGAGUGGUUCUCCAAUAACACCAAAGCACAUCCGUCCCCAAUUCUCGACAUAACCUGCAAAAAUAACUACAAGUUAGGUGAAAUAAACUUUAAUAUACAAAAUAUAGCAUCGGCGGUAAGGACAUUAAAAGCUAACAGUAGUUGUGGGAUAGACGAUAUACCAUCCGUCAUAUACAAAAACGGUGGUACGGAUAUGAUUGUAUUAUUACUUAGAAUAUUUAAUAUCUCACUAGUGACCGAAACCUACCCUGAAACUUGGAAAAACACAUAUAUAUUACCUAAGCAUAAAGGAGGGGCCAAAACUAGUGCAUGUAAUUAUAGGCCUAUCAAUAUAACACCAGUCAUAUCAAGGAUCAUGGAGAAAGUAAUCAAAGACCAAAUGUCAGACUACUUUCUAAAACAUAAACUCAUCAACCUGUCACAACACGGAUUCCUCAAGAAAAGAUCUUGCGUCACUUGCCAUAUAGACUUUUUCAACGAAGUCACCUAUAGAAGAGAUAGGAGAGAGCUAGUGAUUAUCCUCUAUUUCGAUAUAAGGAAAGCCUUCGACAGAGUCCCACAUAGUCUGUUAGUCGGUAGGCUAUGCUCACUAGGGAUACGCAACCCCCUCUACAAUUGGAUAAAAUCAUUUCUGUAUGACAGGAAUCAGACAACUAAAGUUGGCUCAAUGACCUCCAGACCUAGACCAAUCAGCAGUGGUGUCAUCCAGGGGAGUGUAUUGGGACCCCUUCUUUUCAUUAUAUACAUAAACAGUAUAUGUGAAUGUUUUAGUAUAGGCAAGCCAAUACUGUAUGCAGAUGACUUGAAGGUGACAUAUACCUGCACAAAUACAGAUAUCGGCCCAACUAUGAACUCCAUACAUGAAGAAUUAGCAAAAAUGGAUAGAUGGUGUGACACGUGGAGACUUGAGUUUAAUGUUGAAAAGUGUGGAUGGCUCUGCAUAGGCUGUUCCAACCUUGACCUCAACCUAGCAAUUCAGGGCCACAAAAUCCCCAGACUCAAAUCUGUACUAGACCUAGGACUGAAAUAUUCACACAAUCUAUCAUUUUCAGAGCAUAUCUCGAAUCAAGUGUCGAAAUCACGAAGGCUUAUUGGUUUCCUACUCAGGAACUUCUACAGAAACGAGUCCAGAAUACUACUGUACAAGGUAUGUGUGCGCCCACUCCUAGAUUACUGCUCAUUCAUAUUCAGCAGUACACGCAUAGAAGACAAACUGAAAGUAGAAGGAGUACAGAGGUACUUCACGCGAAAAGUACUCGGAACCGAUAACGGCACAAACUACUCUACCAGAUGUGAAAUCCUGGGACUAGAAACAUUAUGGUUAAGGCGACUGCGACUAAAUCUGUUACUCUUCUAUAAGCUUCUUAACCAAAUAGUGUAUACCCCUGCUAACUAUACUCGGUCCUCAGGUAACACAGGAUACAACCUUAGGCACACUAAAGGUACAGUGGCUAUAGAACCAUGUAAAACAGCCACCAGGCAAAAGUUUUUCUUGAUUAGGUAUGCCCAAAUAUGGAACAAACUACCUGAGAAAAUACGACUAGCAAGCACAUUGGCCUCCUUUGAAAAGGCACUUAAUGACACACUAAGUGAGUUUGUAAUUGAUACCAAUGGUAAUUCCCAUGUAAGAGUUUCAGAAAUCAUAGGCCCAUUUAAUGUAUGAACUCAGAGACUACACCUGUUGUUUGUUUUGUCUCUAUUUAUAAUUCCAGACAAAAAAGCAGCAGUCAUGACAAUAACACCCAUUCAACCAAGAGUCGAUCAAACUAUGUCUACCUGAUACAAAGGGCGAACCAUAAUCAACAUACGAAUGAAAUAUGAGAAAACAAGGUAGAAACUUACCGCAACACCACAUGAAAAGAUAAAAGUUACUUGGAUAUCAUUUAUAAUCCACCAACUGGUCUCCUACCCAAAAAGAAUGCGGCGAUGUUUUAUCCAAAAAGGCGAGGAAAUACAUAAACCCACAGCAGCUGUUGUUAACACUCAGUGGGGGUAGGAGCCAACAAAGUAAUCCUUUCAAAGCACAUGUAUACUUCAAAUGGGCACGGAGACUUUGUAGAAUACGUCAUAAUCCAAAUCACUGCCUCUACAGCGCCAAUAAACCUGGAUAUCUAUGAUAUAACGAAAACAUGCUGAAAGCUGCAUCUCAGAUCAAGUUGACUCAUUCCAUGGUAAUGAUCUCCUCCUGCGUGCCUUAUUCGACAUAUUGAAUGGAAUGGUUCGCAGUUAUUCUGGUACUAGAUCGAAAAGAAUAAAAAAUUCACCGGUUGCUGAAUCAAAAGUACUUCUCUGCAUGUUUAACUGUAUUCUAACUGCUAUGAUUAAUUCCAAACCAUUUAUCCCAUAAUCACUCAAAUUCCAGGAACGAUCCAAUUCUACCAUUUAAAGAAGCUGGCGGACACGAUGUAAAUGAGUAUUCAUGAUCUGAAAUAAAGAAGCAACUGGUUUUCAACAUUUUACUCAACUUACGAGUACAGUCCGCCAUGCAGACACAAAUGGAGCAAAUGGAGAAUUCUGGAAUCGACCUCGGGACCAUUUGAUGCAGUAAAACAACUUAGCAUGACUUUAUCUAAUUUUCGCCUCCACGAUCAAAUUUCUUUCCUGUUAUGAAACUACGAUAAGACUGCUGAAAAAUGGAAUAAAUAUAUCACUGAUCUCAACAUAAUACAUCAAUAAACUUUAAGCCAAGGGUGCUGUUCACAACAAAGUUAUAUAGGAGAAUUGACUUCAAGCUUUAUUUUUCCCAGAUAUCUGUAUUACAUUCAUGUGAUGUCUGGGUUUUUUGUUAAUGCGAAGACAAUAUUUCUAUAUCUCUUUAUGUGCUACACAAACAGACUUUAUAGCAGACUGUUCCGACUGACUCUAAUGUCAGAAAGAACAACCAAACUGUAAGUCCAUUAUACAUCAAAUUAUGUGUAAUUUAUAUAAUAACUUAUCCAUGCCUGUACAAUAGGUAUGUUCCUGCAUAAACAGGAAGGAAUAUAUUAUUAUUAUUAAAACAAUAUUUAUGCAUGCCUAUACAAUUGGUGUACCCUACAUAGCUAGGGAAAAAAAUGUACUUUAUUAUAUUAUCUUUACUAAAUAUGCUUAUUAAUAUUAUGUGUAAAUUAUCGAAUUGAUGAUGCCUGUAAACUGGCG